AUGGCAGGGGAGAGCUUCCCAUUCACUUCCUCCACGCUGCGAGCCCUCCGUCUGCAGCGAGAGUGGCUGGAAUGGGAGGACCGGCGGCGGGCUGCUGCCCAGCGCAGCCGAGGAAGCCACAGGUCCCUCUUGAGUCCUCAGACCCGACUCUUGAGGCCUCGCCGCUCCUGCCGAGACCCGGCUGUCCACAGUGCCCUGUUCUCCGGCGACCUGCAGCAGGUCCAAGCUCUAUUCCAAGGUGAAGAGGCGGCCAACAUGAUUGUGGAGACUGUGAGCAACCAACUGGCCUGGUCAGCAGAACAGGGAUUCUGGGUGCUCACCCCCAAGACCAAGCAGACGGUACCCCUCACCAUCGCUGCAGCCAGAGGCUAUACAGACUGCGCUCGUCACCUGAUCCUGCAAGGGGCUGAGCUGGACACCCGGAUCGGAGGCCGCGCUGCCUUGCAUGAGGCCUGCGCCCGAGCCCAAGCGGACUGCGUGCGGCUGCUGCUCACGUUUGGUGCCAAGGCUAACGUGUUGUCUGAGGAAGGCAUGACCCCCUUGCACCUCUGUACAGACCCUGAGUCCUUGCAGUGUGCCAGGCUGCUGCUGGAGGCUGGGGCCACUGUGAACCUGGCGUCGCAGGAGAGCCAGGCGACGGCCCUGCACGUGGCGGCGGCGCGCGGCCUGGACCGGCACGUGGCGCUCUACCUGGAGCGCGGCGCCGCCGUGGACCUGCGCACCAGCCAGGGCGAGACGGCGCUGAACGCGGCGUGCGCGGGCGCCGAGGCCGGCCCGCGGCACGAGGCGGCCGCGCGAAUGCUCCUGGAAGCCGGCGCCGACCCUCGUGCCGCGGGCCGCAAGCGCCACACGCCCCUGCACAACGCCUGUGCCAACGGCUGUGCGGGCCUGGCCGAGCUGCUGCUGCGCCACGGGGCUAGCGCCACCGUCUCCAAUGGGGCAGGCCACACGCCCAUGGACUGCGCCCUGCAAGCCGUCCAAGAUGUCCAGAACUGGGAACCCGAGGCCCUGUUCUCGGCGCUGCUGGACUAUGGAGCCAAGCCAAUACACCCCGAGAUGCUGAAAUACUGUGCCAACUUUCCUCGGGCCCUGGAAGUCCUGCUUAAUGCCUAUCCUUGUGUGCCAUCCUGUGAUACCUGGGUGGAGGCAGUGCUUCCUGAGCUGUGGCAGGAGCAUGAAGCCUUCUACAGCUCAGCCCUGGGCAUGGUGAACCAGCCAAGGCGCCUGCAGCACCUGGCCCGCCUGGCUGUGCGUGCCCAGUUGGGUAGCUGCUGCCGGCGGGCCACCCCCCAGCUCCCUCUGCCCCCACUCCUCAGGGACUAUUUGCUGCUGUGUGUGGAGGGACGGAUCCAGUGA